UUGCCUGAAUCUUCCAAGUCAUUUUCAUAAGGAGUGAUGCUACAGCUGCUGCUGCUGCACCCACGUAUAGUUUGGUUCAGAUCUUCAAUGUCUUGCUCAUAUACCCAACGGGCCCCGCAUUUUGUAACCUCUAAUCCUGGACCUUUGGUUUCAAACUCAAUCUCAAUUUGACCGAUUCCAUUAGCAUCUAUUUGACUCCGAUUCAAAUUAUAGGGAUAGUAACACAGAUUGGGCCUUUGAGAGAGCUUGUGAUAAAGAGUUUGGAUCAGCUGAAGACUGGGAAAGGUCCUGCCACUGUGAAAACUAUAGCUGGUACCAUGUCUGUGAUUCUACUAUCAAGCCUUAUGAGCAUUGUUAAGAUCCAGAACAAGGGUGCAAAGCUUGGAACCAUGUCACCCAUGGAUCAGGUUCUAUGGAGGACCCAUUUGCUUGAGGCUUCACUCAUGGGUUUUACCCUAUUUCUUGGAUUCAUAAUUGACCGUAUGCAUCACUAUCUCCAAAAGCUUAUUGGAUUGAGGAGUAGUGUGGGAGCUUCAAAAGAGGAAGUUGAAAGGCUUCAGAAGGAAAAGACGGAACUCAAAGAAAAAGAAGAGAAAGCUUCCAAGGAGAUAAAGCGGCUGCAAGAAGAAAUAGCUUCUCUAUCAGAGAAUUUGAAGAAGGUGAAGCUAGAAUCUGAAGAGAAAGAUAAGAGAGUUGAAUCUGCUGAAAGCCAUGUUGCUGCCCUUCAAAAACAAGCCGCAGACCUACUUCUUGAAUACGACCGUCUAUUAGAAGACAACCAAAAUCUUCAGACUCAGGCUAUGGGAUAUAGAUAGGACUUAAUUCUAAAAGACACCAAGGUUUAGUCUUGGCAGUUAAUUUUGGUCACUAGUGACGUUGAUGAAAAUCCCAUGUUUCAAGGAAAUGGUCUUUAUUUAUUCGGCCCUGCCAUUGGGGAAAGUAGAUGGAAUAGGUUUGUUUUUUGGUCCACUGCUAUUGAAAUUUUAGUUAGUCCACCCCAAUGUUGUUCUAGUUGAUAGCCACUAUUCUUCUCUUUCAGUUUUCUGGAACAGAUAUCAUAAUUUUGUUUACUAAUUUUUUCUGUGAGAUAAAUGUUACUAGUCUGAGGUUUGGUUAUGUAUCAGUUAAAAGGGUGUUAGUGA